AUGGCUGAUACUGCUGGCUAUCCUGUCGACGGAAAGUUGGGCUCUCACGACUCUCAUCACACAAACAAACGCAAGCGGGACACCCGUGACCACGGCCAUAUACGACCCAAUCCCCACGUGAACGACAUGACUGAUCAGGCUACUGCCUCGUUCCUUGCUGCGCACAACGCUGCCGACGACGACAUGCAGCAACAGUUUGACGUUCACCAGACUGGCGCCAACACCGCAAGCGUCGGCGACACCGCUGCCGCUGCGCUUGCCUAUCAUCAGAUGACCGUGCCUCAGGCGACUGAGCUGCAGUUCCAGACACAGACUGCGGCAGACGGUUCCUUUAGCAUGGGAGAUCACCAUCAGCAACAGGGCAUGCAAGACUUCAGCCUCGAAGCUUUGAAAGCAGCCACACAGACAGGUAGAGCAGGUCAAGUAUCUAAUAAUGAUUCGCCGCCACAAAGCACCACUCUCAAGCCUCAAGUUGGCUCUGACGAAUGGCAUAAAGUCCGGCGUGACAAUCACAAAGAAGUUGAACGCCGCCGUCGAGAGACAAUCAACGAAGGUAUCAAUGAGCUGGCAAAGAUAGUGCCGGGAUGUGAGAAGAACAAAGGGUCGAUCUUACAGCGUGCUGUCCAAUUCAUCACCCAGCUAAAGGAGAACGAGCAACAAAAUAUCGAGAAGUGGACGCUCGAGAAGCUGCUGACAGAGCAAGCCAUUACCGAACUUAGCGCCAGUUGCGACAAGUUCAAAGCUGAAUGCCAACGGGCCUGGGAAGAAUGCCAAAUCUACAAACGCACAUGUGAAAACAACGGCAUCAUUCCGGAAGAAAUCAAAGACCGCGAGAAUAACGGCGAGCAGUCUGGGUCAAGCUAA